AUGAGAAAUGCUUCGUUACAGUACUGGGGCCUAGACUCAAAUGAAUGUGAACCUUGUUGCUGGAUGACGUUAUCAGGGACGCGGGACACCCAGGAAGUGUUGAAAACGCUAGAUGAGCUCGAUAUUGAAGUUGACAACGCUGAUGGUCCGGAACUCUACCAGCGAUUCGGUUGGGAAGAUGAUUACCAUAAUGACAGCUUGAGCAGUUGGCAAAGGUUGAAACCGAAAAUCUGGCGGUUAUUCGACGAGCCGGGCUCAUCUAAAGCGGCUAAGAUUAUUGCAAUAAUUUCUGUAUUCUUUCUAAUCACUGCAAUAUUGGUAUUUUGUUUGAAAACACAUCCGGGUUUACGUAUAUCGGAAAUCUCACCAAUGGGUAACCUGUCACGAGAGGCUCGGUCAGCCAGUCACUAUAAGUACAGGCCAGCAGGGCUUACGGUUGAUAAAACCAAUUCUAAAGCUCAUCCGGGGUUUAUGUUAACCAACAAAAAAGACAAUGUUCUCAUGCAAAAACGAGCGCUACUACUAGUCAGCCAAUCAGCAAAGGUGGGCGGAGUCAGUGCUGAUUGGCCAGCGCUAACUCCGCCCACUUUUGCUCAAUUUAGCAUUUGA